UCCUGUGUAAAGCAAGAUCAACCGCCCUUUUCACUUGUUGGCCUCGCCGCACACUGUUCUUGCUUUUUAUUGGCUACUAUUGCUGUCAAUCUUCUAAGGCGCGCAUGCAUCCUAUUGGUCGGGACGUUUCAGCCAAUCAUUUCACACCGAGCACUUCCUGUUCUUUCUGUUGGCUGAAGGUUUGCACGUUGGGCUUUGAAACGAUACCAUUGGUUGCCUUAAACACGUGGGAUCAAAUACGUGCCUCUGAUUGGUUAGCUAGCCCGACAGGCGCGAUUUUGCAACGCGGGACAACGUUCCUGUGUGAGCAUACAGGUCAGUCCAGACAACCCGCUGUGGUUUGAAAGGAACCCUUUACGGACUACUUUUAUUUUUUUUUUUUGUAGGGGGUGCAUUACCUUUUUAUUUUUUUGCUCCUACGAAAUGAAGGAAAAACUACCCCGCACUGCAACUAUAUAGCUAUUUAUGCUACUCGACAUUUUCUUCCAAUCUUCUGUCAAAUAUCAAAACAGUUUGCGGCCAUCUACGUGUUAUUUCUAGAAGCACAAGAUGGCAGAUACGAAGCAUCCUCGAGUUAUUUUCUGCGAAGACUCCCCCAAAAGAGUUUUGGUUUCUGUUAUCAAGACGACCCCGAUCAAGCCCAAGAAAGCAGACGCGCUGAUGCCGACGAGCCCAGGCUUCAGCGACUUCAUGGUCUACCCGUGGAAAUGGGGAGAGAACGCCCACAACGUGACCCUGAGCCCGGGCUCGGUCAACGGGGCUGCCUCCCCGACCGGGACGCAGAUGGCCGGGGAGGCGGACACGGCUCCAUCGCCUGAUCAAAUCAAGGACGGUAUUCGCAGGGGCCGUCCACGAGCGGACACUGUCCGGGAGCUGAUAAGUGAGGGGGAAACUUCAUCCAGUCGGAUUCGCUGCAACAUUUGCAACCGGGUGUUCCCCAGAGAGAAGUCCCUGCAGGCGCACAAGAGGACACACACAGGGGAGAGGCCGUAUUUGUGCGACUACCCAAACUGCGGGAAGGCGUUUGUGCAGAGCGGUCAGCUGAAGACACACCAGAGGCUGCACACGGGCGAAAAACCCUUCGUCUGCUCAGAGAAAGGAUGUGGAAGUCGGUUCACACACGCCAACCGUCACUGCCCCAAACACCCCUUCUCUCGCCUGAACAGGGAGGAGCCAAAGGUGGGCCUGGGGAAGGCUCAGUCUGUAGAUAAUAAGGCUGUGGCAGAGUGGCUGGCUAAAUACUGGCAAACCCGUGAGCAGCGUGCGCCCACGACCUGCAAGGUAAAGCCGCAGGGCAAAGCCAGAGCAGAGGACCAGGAGCAGCAGGAUCCCAUGGAGUUCACCCAGUCGGAUGAAGAAAACGAGGAAGAAGAGGUGCCGAUGGAGGAGGAGAAAGGCAACCCAGGUGGGGCGGCCAGGCGUCGUCUCCAGGAGCAACGGGAGCGUCUCCACGGCGCGCUCGCUCUCAUCGAGCUGGCCAACAACCUGUCACCCUAAGACGGGGCCGCACCUCCAAUCCGCCUUCCUGCGGCGCGUGCUGUUACUAAAAGUCGUCUCGAGCGGAUCAGUGACUAGUUUAGCAUCCAGUCCCCCUCACAGCACCAGGAAGGCACAAGCUAAAGCACCUUACUGAGCUUUCAUUUUAUCCUUUGUUUUAGGCUGCUAUAAUUAUAGGGUUUGACAAUAUGAAGAAUGUCUUUCUUUUCUCUUGUCUUCUAAAGGCAAGGAAAGAAUAUCUAUUAUGUUUUUUAAAUUGUUUCAUUUGCACUUUGGUAACGAGUUUAAGUAUGUUGUGAGGACAAAGCGAGUGUUUGUGUGGAUUAAGCUCAGACGGACAGAAGGAUGCAGGGUGUGGUCAGACGGCAGAGAUCUGAACAGAGAAUUUCGUUUUUCUCUCACUGGUUCUCAACUUUAGAAGAAGGUAGAGGUGGGAAGAAGUCUGUCAUCCUGGUCUUUUAUGUUUUUUUUAAGAAGGGGUGAGAAGGCAAACCAAACCCAGAUCAGGCAAAACUAAAAACUUUGGACACUUCGACUUUAUGCGACCUGUAAAUUGUUUUCAUAUUUUCUGAUUUUUUUUUUUUGUUCCCCCCAUAACCAACUUUUAUAUUAAAAGGUGGCAGACUGGGUUUGACACUGACGGCAUCACAGCAGCGUGGAAACCAUCUCUGCUUAUGUUUGAUCCUUCUUUAAAGGGAAGAAUUUUUUUUUUUUUUUUUUUGGAAGAUCUGCCGGAUAAAUUCAGGUGUUUGUCCUGUCUCGACAAAGCACUUAUAACCUGUAUCAUGUGUAGAAUGAGGCUUGCGAUGCAGUGACAGCUAGUUUUGUUGCAGGAGAGUGGCACCGUUAUCUGGAACCUGGUUUGUUUGUUUUUUUCUUUAAAGUAACGCUACUUCUUUUGAAACUGACCACAGUCCUCCGCUGGUUUUAGGGGAAGCGGAUGCGUCGAUUGAAUCUGGCGUUAAAGUGAUUGAUGCUGGGAUCAACUGGAACUGAUAAUCAAACAAACAAAAAAAGAACAAGCCCUUAUAUAUUUAGAACCAUAAUCCCCAAGCUCUUGUGUUUUAGAAGAAAAAAAAAGUCCUUUAAUAUAUAAAUGUAGUGUUUGUGCGCACACUUUUUACAGAAAGCUUUGGAGAUUUACUAGUAGUUUGGGUUCGUGCCUCUGCUAACAUCCUGCAGCAGUUUCCUUGUUUUUUAGAUGACACUGCUUGCUGUUAGUCAUUUUAUUCCACAUUUUACAGUUAUGAUUCAGUCAGACUGUCCACACUGUUCUAUCAUUGUAAUAAAUAUUCACAGAAUCUGA